CUCGGGAUGGAUUUUCUGCUGGGAGGUUGCGCGGCGACCUGUGCCGGUGUUUUUAGCAAUCCGUUCGAUGUGAUCAAGACACGGCAACAGCUGCAAGGAGAGCUGGUCGAUGCAGCAGAGCUACAGCGAAAUCCGUACCGUUCAAUUCCAAAGUCAAUCGAAUCGAUCCUAAAGGCCGAGGGAUUGGCCGGCUUGCAGAAAGGCCUGGUUUCGGCGUUGGCAUUCCAGUUCACGAUGAACAGCAUUCGAUUGGGAAUCUACCAGAGUGCGGAGGACUUCCAGUGGACACGUGGUAAAAGCAAGUUCGGCACACUGGUGUACUCAAUCUUCUGGGGCGGCUUGAGCGGUGUGAUCGGGGCAACCGUGGCCUGCCCGCUCUAUAUGGUAAAAACCCAGAUUCAGGCCACGUCGCACGGCAAGUAUGCCGUGGGUUAUCAGCACAAUCACACCGGAACGUUAGCCGCCCUGAGUGGGAUCUACCGAGCGGGAGGACUGCGCGGAUUGUGGCGAGGUUAUCCGGGAAUCGUGACCCGAACGGCGAUUGGAUCUUCCGCCCAGCUGGCUACUUUCUCGACAUUCAAGGAGUUCUUCGUGCAGUUCGAGCUGUUCCAGCAGUCCGUUGCGUUCACCGCUUUUGCCGCCAGCAUGUUCAGUGGGUUCUUUUGCUGCGUGUUCAUGUCACCGUUUGAUGUGAUUGCUACCCGGUUGUUCAACCAAGGCGUGGACGGAAGCGGCAAAGGGAUGCUCUAUCGAAGUGUAUGGGACUGCUUUCAGAAGACAUUGCGUGCUGAGGGACUGCACGGUUUGUACAAGGGCUUCGUUCCAAACUAUUGGCGCAUUGCACCGCACACCAUCCUGAAUUUAACCUUUUGGGAUCAGUUCAAAAGCUGGAAAGACCUAUACUACUAG